AUGACGGUCAGUGCUGAGAAUUCGAUGAGCCAGUGGACCAUGCUCAACACCACACUUCACCCUAACAACACUGACCAGUCAGGUGCGCGUGAUGACAAUGAUGGCGUGCUCAUAGACGACUUCGCCAAAAAGAUCUUCAUCUUGGUCAACCACGUGAUAGUGGACAUGUGCAUCUGUAUCUUUGGGAUUGUCGGAAACUGCCUAAAUAUCACUGUCUUCUUGAAGCAGGGACUUCACAAAUCUGUUAACUUGAGUCUUUUCGCCAUGUCCAUCUCUGACCUCACUGGUCUCAGCUUUCAAGUCUGGCACAACUUUUGUCUCAACCCGUACCUGGAAUUAGCAAAUUUACCUUUCGAUUUCCUGGAAAUUCAAAUGCUGACGGCAGGGCGUCCAAGCAUUUUAAUGGUGCGGGUGACUGGUUGGAUAACCAUGUACAUCACUGCGGAAAGAUGUCUCUCUGUUGUGCUCCCUUUGAAGAUUCGAGAAAUCAUCACCUUCAGGAGGACAGCGAUCAACCUGCUUCUCAUGUUCGGAAUAAACUUAGCAUUCUACCUUCCGGUCACGUCUUCAGACUACGUGACCUGGAAGUUUUACCCGAGUCUAAACAAGACACAGCUUGGACUUGCCUUCCGUGGGAACAAGCCGGCAGUCGAGUGGCUCAUUAACACUUCGCACUUUUACUUGUCCCUAUUCGCAUUUAUCUUUGUGAUUAUUUUUACAGCCGUCCUAGUUAUCAGCCUUAGAAGGAAAUCAAAGUGGAGGAGAGGCGCUACUUCCGGCACUGACCAGCGCGAGGCGCGCACGAGCCGAGAGAAUAAGACCAUUGCUUUGGUCAUUAUGGUGGCCAUUGUCCUUAUCGUCUGCUACGCCCCUGGCGUGUGUUGCGCCAUCACGGAGGCGCUUUAUCCGGAAUUCAGAAUCGUAGCCAAACAGAGCAAUUUUUACCAAGUAAUUUGGUCUUUUAAUUUUAUAUUUCACUCAAUCAACGCCAGCAUCAAUGUCGUAGUUUACUAUAAAAUGAGUUCUAAAUAUAGAGCGACAAUGAAUGAGAUCGUCCCAUGUUUUAAAAAUAGAAACAAGGGAGACAACAAUUAG